AUGGAUUUCUUCCGCAAAAGCGACACUCCAGAGGACGAGAUCCAACGAGCGCCCGAUCAGGAUGUCGAGAAAUCGGUGCCCGCGCACCAGGAGAGUGGUCCAGUCCACCCCACCGCUGUGACUCCUACACCGGUUGAUCCGGAAUUGGAGAAGCGAGUUCUGAGGAAGAUAGAUUGGCGACUCCCGACCUUGAUGGGAUUUUUCUUAACAUUGGGUCUGUCCAACCUCACUUUUUCCAUGGAAACCCCCUUCCCCUCCGCCGAAAAGGACCGCGAAGCUAACCAGAAGAAAUCUAGAAAUGCGAAAAUUGCAGGCAUGGAGGAAGACCUAUCUCUCACGGACAAGCGUUACUCCUGGCUGCUGACGAUAUUCUACAUCUCCUACACGGUCUUCGAAUUUCAAGCGCUCAUGUGGAAAAUCGUCAAACCACACCAAUGGGCUGCCUUUGUGGUUUUUUCCUGGGGGUUGGUCGCGACUUGCCAAGCGGCGGUGAAGAAUUGGCAAGGUAUGAUGGCGCUGCGAUUCCUCAUGGGGGUCUUUGAGGCCGGGUUUGGCCCUGGCGUGCCAUACCUGUUGUCGUUCUUCUAUCGUCGCCACGAGCUGGGUCUCCGGUGCGGUCUAUUUUUGUCGGCGGCUCCACUGGCAAACACUUUUGCAGGCGCCCUUGCCUAUGGCAUCACUUCAGGCCAUGCCGCAUUGCCGAAUUGGCGGCUACUGUUCCUGGUCGAAGGCCUCCCGGUCUGUGCGGCAGCUAUCCUCGCAUGGUUCUAUGUUCCGGAUAAGCCGUCGACGGCCAAAUUCCUGACCGAGGAAGAGAAAGAUGUGGCUCGCACCCGUGCACUUCAGCAGGCAGGAGACGCCGAGCGUGAAGGCAAGGUCCAAUGGAGAGAAUUGGCCGAGACUCUCUUGGAUGCGAAGGCAUGGUUCACCGCAUUGAUGUACUUUAGCUGCAACGUCAGUUUCUCGUCCCUGCCUGUGUUUUUGCCCACCAUCCUCAAGGAAAUGGGGUUCACCUCGAUCAAUGCCCAGGGUCUCACGGCACCCCCGUUCUUCGCGUCCUUCCUAUGCACCAUUGCAACCACCUGGGUGGCGGAUCGGAUUCAACAGCGUGGAUUGAUGAUCGCGAUUCUCUCGGCGAUCGGCGGUGUGGGGUACAUUCUGUGUGCCACCUGCAAAUCGGUGGCCGUGCGAUAUUUCGGUGUGUUUCUGGCCGCGUGUGGAGUCUUUCCGUCGAUCGCCAAUAUUCUGCCGUGGGGCUCAGAUACCCGCCGUGGUGGAGGCAUUAUCCUACUUAAUAUCAUCGGCCAAUGUGGUCCUUUCCUGGGCACCAAUGUGUUCCCCGACAGCCAAGCUCCGUUCUAUGUCAAGGGCAUGUCGAUCUGUGCGGCGUUCAUGUUCUUCACGACGUUGCUUGCCCUAAGCUUGCGCGUCCUGCUGGUCUGGGAGAACCGCCAGCUCGACAAGAAGUAUGGGCCGAAGGUCGAGGUCGACCCGACCAAGGGUGUGGCCAUGACGGCAGGAGAGGACAAUUACGGAGCCAGCUAUCGUUACGUGCUGUAA